AUGUCUCAAGGACAGAUGUCUUGUGGACAGAUCUCUCAUAGACAGAUGUCUCAAUGUGAACAGAUGUCUCGAGGACAGAUCUCUAAUGAACAGAUGACUCGAGGACAGAUGUCUCCUGGACAGAAGUUUCCUUGUGGACAGAUGUCUAAUGAACAGAUGUCUCGAGGACAGAUGUCUCCUGGACAGAAGUCUCCUUGUGGACAGAUGUCUAAUGAACAGAUGUCUCAUGGACAGAUGUCUAAUGAACAGAUGUCUUGUGGACAGAUAUCUCCUCAUGGACAGAUGUCUCCUUAUGGACAGAUGUCUCCUCAUGGACAGAUGUCUCCUAAUGGACAGAUGUCUCGUGGACAGAUGUCUCCUCAUGGACAGAUGUCUUGUGGACAGAUGUCUCGGGGACAGAUGUUUUGUGAACUGAAUCCAGAACCGUUGGUUUUUUGUCCAAACGGCUGCAGGCAGAAUUCCAUUAUUUAUUGUUUUUUGUGA